AUGUCUUACAGUAAAUACUCAGAGGAAGAACCAACUAGUUGUUGCUCAAAAGCUUCAGCUGAGUUGAAGCUCUACCAAGCUUUCAUCUUUUCAGUACCAAUCUUCUUUACUUUCAUCCUUCUCUUAUUGUUUUAUUUGUUCUAUCUUCGCCGUCGAAGUGUUGAUUGGUCGUCACUGCGAAUGAGGAUCUCCUUGCAGACCCCGAAUGAGAUCUCCACACGGUGUGAAUUGGGCCUGAAGAAAGAACUCAGAGAGAUGCUACCCAUUAUUGUUUUCAAGGAGAGCUUUUCUGUCAGAGAUACGCA